UGUCACAAACGUCCUAUCAUCGCUCGACAUGAGGUCCAGGCUUUUGUGGCUAUUAUAUCACUUGUAAAUAAGUAACUAAAGAGAGAUUUUAUUAAGGUCAACAGAUAAAUAAAGCAGGAUAACUAAUGUGUUAUUUAGUAAUACACCCCUGCCCAUUGGAUACGAUGGUAUAAUCCAAGCGGUAGUAAAGACCUGUGUGACAAUCAAGCCUCUGACAACGGGGAAAACUUCACUUUUAUAGCAAGUAAAUACUCUACAGAGGCAAAAAGCGGUACUGUACAAUGUCUUUGAAGCCGCGGGGUGGUGGAUUUGACGAGACAUGGAACAAGCUACUGACUACAAUCAAGGCAGUUGUGAUGCUCGAUUAUGUGGAGAGAGCCACAUGGAAUGAUCGGUUCUCCGACAUUUAUGCACUGUGUGUUGCAUACCCAGAACCACUGGGUGAACGAUUGUACACAGAGACCAAAGUGUUUCUUGAGAACCAUGUUCAGCAGUUGUACAAGAAAGUACUGGAGUCGGAGGAGAAAGUUUUGGUGAUGUAUCACAGGUACUGGGAUGAAUACAGCAAAGGAGCUGACUACAUGGACUGUCUGUACAGGUACCUUAACACUCAGUUCAUCAAGAAGAACAAACUCACAGAAGCAGAUCUACAGUACGGUUACGGGGGAGUGGACAUGAAUGAGCCACUGAUGGAGAUUGGAGAGUUGGCGCUUGAUAUGUGGAGGAAACUAAUGAUUGAGCCCCUGCAGGCUGUCCUGAUCCGGAUGCUACUGAACGAAAUCAAGAAUGACCGAUGUGGUGAGAACCCCAACCAGAAAGUUAUCCAUGGGGUCAUCAACUCCUUUGUUCAUGUGAACAGUACAAGAAGAAGUUUCCCACUAAAGUUUUAUCAGGAAAUCUUUGAGGGGCCAUUUCUUAUCAAAACAGGAGAGUAUUAUAAACAGGAAGCCUCCAAUCUACUUCAAGAAUCCAACUGCUCACAGUAUAUGGAGAAGGUUUUGGCACGGUUGAAAGAUGAGGAGGUGCGAUGUCGGAAAUACUUGCACCCUAGCUCCUAUGCCAAAGUCAUCCAUGAAUGUCAGCAGAGGAUGGUGGCUGAUCACCUACAGUUCCUUCAUGGGGAGUGCCAGAACAUCAUUCGACAGGAGAAGCGAGAUGACAUGGCAAACAUGUACACCUUGUUGCGAGCUGUAUCUAGUGGGUUGCCUCAUAUGAUCCAGGAGCUGCAAGUCCAUAUCCACAACGAGGGCCUUCGAGGCACCAGUAACCUCUCUCAGGAAAAUAUGCCCACACUGUUUGUUGAGUCAGUGCUUGAAGUUCAUAGUAAAUUUGUUCAACUCAUUAACACCGUUCUAAAUGGAGAUCAGCACUUCAUGAGUGCACUUGACAAGGCAUUGACAUCAGUAGUGAACUACAGGGAGCCUAAAUCCAUCUGUAAAGCUCCUGAACUCCUGGCCAAGUAUUGUGACAAUCUUCUGAAGAAAUCUGCAAAGGGAAUGACUGAGAAUGAGGUGGAGGACAAACUGACGAGCUUUAUUACAGUUUUCAAGUACAUAGAUGACAAGGACAUUUUUCAGAAGUUUUAUGCCAGAAUGCUUGCAAAACGGUUAAUACAUGGUUUGUCAUUGUCAAUGGAUUCUGAAGAAGCCAUGAUCAACAAAUUAAAGCAAGCUUGUGGCUAUGAGUUCACGAGCAAACUCCACAGAAUGUACACAGACAUGAGUGUGAGUGCAGACCUCAACAACAAGUUCAACAAUUUUAUCACACAGGAGACGGUGGUGGACUUGGGCAUCAGCUUCCAGAACUAUGUAUUACAGGUGAGCAUGAUUUUACCGCAGACCUUCCUUGUAUUUCCCAACUGUUACAAAACAGAUUGUUGA